AUGCAAUACAAAAGGAUCGGCAAGAUAGCUAGGGAAAAAAUAAUUGAGUCUCAAGAAUUCAGAGCGAUGAGAUCACUGACAUACAGCGACCUGGUCAAUGAGAUAUGCAAACUAAACUCAAUAGGCGGCAUGAUCAGGAACACACCUCAUAGAUUUAUAUGCCUCGUUCAUAAACUAGACUCAAUUUCCUUGAUAGAUGAUGUUGUUGCAGAAGCAUUGGAAGAUAUGAAGCCUAGACACAUAGGUCCAUCAUUGACAGCCAAUGACUUUAAAGGGAAUGUAUAUCUCUUGACUGCGUUUUUAUUGUACUUGAGGCUAUCUGUGAACUUUCACCAAUACAGAGACCUGAUAAAGUGCUUUGAAGCAGACUUCAGGAAAAUCACUGUAGUCAACGAGCAAAAUACAAGAUUCUCUAUGUACAUCGAUGUGUUUGUGGAUGAUUUGCUUAACAAGCCCAGGGUUCUUGGCAUCUGUCUCAACAUAUAA